UGCCACACGUCUCUCAGCCCUCUCCCUGAGUGGAGGGAGAGAAAGUGAACUGCAGGCAGGCAGACAGCACAGCUCUUUUGCCCCUACCUUCACCGAUGGAAACGCCCUUCAUGUCCCGAGGUACGGGGAGGAGUUUGGCCCAAAAGCAAGACCCAAGUACACAGUUCAGGUUGAUUUGUGCAGGACUUAAUGGGCAGCCCGCCUCUGAUUGGCCCGAAGUUCUCAUGAGCAUCCAAUGGGAGGAACGGCUGUGAUCGGGCUCUGUGGUAUAGGAUAAGAAGCCCUGAGGGUCCGGGCCCAGCCGUUCCUGCACGCCGUUGCUGCUGCUUCCAACUCUGUCCCCAGAGGCAGUUCCCGCGCGAUCAGACUGCCAGGUUUGCCAGCGGCCACUCCUACAGCCUCCGUCAUGGGCCUGGAGCUCUACCUGGACCUGAUGUCCCAGCCCUGCCGUGCUGUCUACAUCUUCGCCAAGAAGAACAACAUUCCCUUCCAGCUGCGUACCAUAGAGCUGCUCAAAGGCCAGCACUACACGGAUGACUUUGCGCAGGUGAACCCCUUGAGGAAGGUUCCAGCUUUGAAGGAUGGGGACUUCAUCCUGGCAGAGAGUGUGGCCAUCUUGCUGUAUCUGAGUAGGAAGUACAAGGCCCCUGACCACUGGUAUCCUCAGGACCUUCAGGCUCGAGCUCGAGUGGAUGAGUACCUGUCGUGGCAGCAUACAACCCUUCGAGAUGGUUGCACCAGGGCCAUGUGGCAAAAGAUGAUGUUCCCUGUGUACCUGGGACAGCCGGUCCCCCCAGAGAUGUUGGCAUCCACUUUGGCUGAACUGGACAGAUGCCUGCAGAUGCUGGAGGACAAGUUCUUGCGGGACCAGGCCUUCCUUACAGGAUCCCACAUCUCUGUGGCUGACUUGAUGGCCAUCACAGAGCUGAUGCAUCCUGUCAGUGCUGGCUGCAAAAUCUUUGAGAGCCGACCCAAACUGGCGGCAUGGCGUCAGCGUGUGGAAGCUGCGGUGGGGGAGAACCUCUUCCAGGAGGCCCAUGCGGUUGUCUUGAAGGCCAAGGAUAUGCCUCCAUUGAAGGACCCCACCUUGAAGGAGAAACUGAAGCUCUCGGUGCAGUGUCUGUUUCACUGAGGGAGUAGCCCGAACCGUGGCACCGUCAAGGGAAACACUGGGUUAUGCAAUUGAAGAGAUGAGACAGAAUGUCUCUUUGGCUGCCACCGGGACAUGAAGUCUCUGGUCCACCGUUUCCUUUAGACAGUGAUGUGUUCCUUCUGUGUCCCCAGCUCGCUUUGUGCUGUGACAUUAGCUUUUACCUGACCUCUGGAGAGAGCUACAGGCAAACACUGGGGAACUGCUUACCAGCCCAUGCUCCUCUUUUGAAACUUUACAAACCAUUGAACGUGUAACCUUGCCCCACCCUCCAAGCCAUACCUUUCUGACUGCAUUCAUUUUAGUCCCUCUCCUGCUCUCACAUGGACACACGCACGCUGCCCCCCCAUCCCCGCCCC